AUUAAAUACCUUGCUGGGCUUCAACUUCACAUAUUUGGCUUUCUCACGUUUGGCCAUAAAUCUCUGCAAUCAUAUCACGCCUUUUCCGGUGACUGCAGAUAUCUCCGUUCUCCGUCGAUCUAUCAACUCCGCCGCUCCAUUCACCGGUGGAUUUUAUUUCGUUUCACUUUGCUGGCACAAAAUGAUGCAAUGGAGGAGUUGAUUAAUUCAAGGAGAAGUUUUCGCUGCUAAUGUUGUUUCUUAAAUAAUUAAUUAAUUAUUUUUGUGAAAUAUAAAACCAUGAAGUUGGGUUCUCCUAAAGCAAUGUCUGCAUAUCCAAAGACGAUUCUACCAAUUGCAGCGUCAGUAGGGGGACUUGCAUUAUUCGUAAUUUUCGCCUCCUUGCUUCUGGUCAAUCAGCCAAUCGGAACUAAAGUUAGUGGGUAUUUUUAUAGUGUAGAUCAAGCCACCAAAAUUGGAUUAUCGUCUAACAAUGAAACAAGUAUAAUUGAGAACUGGCUGAAUGACACAGACAAAGAAAGAACGACUGUAGUUUCAAGUAUCAACAAGACUGUCACAGAUAAGCCUGUUGAAAUAGAUACAGAUAAGCCUGUUGAUUUAGUUAAAAAUAAGACUAUCGGUCUAGAUACCAGCAAUGCUGUUGAUUUAGAUACAGACAAGACUGUUGAAAUAGAUACCAACAAGACUGUUGAUAUAGGUACCGGCAAGAUUGCUGAUUCAAGUCCCAAGAAGAUUGCUGAUUCAGGAUGUGAUAUCUAUCACGGGAAAUGGGUACUUGAUCCAGCUGGACCAUUAUACUCGAACAACUCAUGCCCUGUGUUGACGCAGAUGCAGAACUGCCAAGGAAACGGUAGGCCCGAUAAGGACUACGAGAAUUAUCGAUGGCAACCCACAAAAUGUGAUCUCCCAAGAUUUGACCCGAAAAAGUUUUUGGAAUUGAUGAGAGGAAAGACGUUAGCUUACGUAGGUGACUCCGUUGCCCGAAAUCAAAUGGAGUCGAUGUUGUGCAUACUUUGGCAGGCUGAAGCUCCUAUAAAUCGUGGGAACAAAAGAAUGCAAAGGUAUUAUUUCCGGUCAACAUCUACGACAAUUAUACGGAUAUGGUCGUCUUGGCUGGUCCACAAAACAACCGAAGAAUUUGAUUUUGCACCCGAAGGUGUAGACAAACUCCACCUUGAUGCCCCAGAUGAGACAUUCAUGGGUGACGUACCCACCUUUGAUGUUCUUGUACUUUCCUCGGGUCACUGGUUUGCAAAACGAUCAGUGUACAUUUUAAAUAAUGAGAUCGUGGGUGGACAGCUAUGGUGGCCUGAUAACUCUCGGAAGAAGAAAAUUGAUAGCACUGAAGCGUUUGAGAUAUCGGUAGCAACCAUUAUGUCCGCACUUGUGAAUAAGCCAGACUACAAAGGUUUGACCGUGGUCAGGUCGUAUUCACCUGACCACUAUGAAGGUGGUGCUUGGAAUACGGGUGGCUCGUGUACCGGGAAGAUAAAACCUGCAGUGGACGGGGAGUUAGUAGAGAGCGAGUUCACCAACAUAAUGUACGGCAAACAAGUAUCAGGGUUCAACCGUGGUAUAAAGAACAAAACUAACAAAUCACGGGUGGCAUUUAUGGACAUCACAAAACCUUUCUCGUAUCGGCACGAUGGUCAUCCAGGCCCGUACCGCAAUCUUGACCCGAAUAAGAUCACGAAAAGGAGUGCUGACGGGCGGCCACCACCGCAGGAUUGUUUGCACUGGUGUAUGCCGGGCCCAGUUGAUACAUGGAAUGAGUUUUUGAUGGAGACUAUUAGAAGAGACUUUGAGGCUCAUGAUUCAUGAGGUGACAGUUUUAUUUAUAGAGUAUUUAUUUAUACGGGUAUUGUUCUUUACACGAUGAGAGUAUAAACUAGCUAGCUAUAGCACCAUGUUGUAGUAGAUGAGUUUCUGACCCCUUAAAUUAUUUAAAUGCCCUAAAUAAACUAUUGAUUGAAGUGUUUUUAUCUUUAA